AUGAGCUUUGUCAAUUGCAAUCCAACUCCAACAAAAUUAACACUGGUAAAUGUAUUUUAUGACAGCCAAAAAGGCCCAGGAAUUUAUGAACCUGAAGCAAUUCGGGUCCUUUGUGGUAAAAGUGGAGGAAUGAAGAAUUUUUGUGUUUGUGAUGAAGAUGCUAAUUGCUAUGUACCUGUUAAGAAUAAUCUUCCUGUAUAUGCUGAAAUAGCGCCUUAUUGUGAUCAAUAUGCGGGUAAAAUAAAUAGGCUAAUCACUUAA